AGGUUCGUCUGGAGUCUGUUCUGCCGAAGCGGCCUGGCCGCAUUCUGUAUUGUACCACUGGCAUCCUCCUCAUGAAACUGAGGAAUAAUCCUUUUCUGAAAGGUGUUAGUCAUGUGAUCGUGGACGAGGUACACGAGAGGGACAUCAACUCUGACUUCCUCCUCAUCCUACUGCGCGAGAUCGUGAGAGCUGGCGUGGGUACAAAGGUCGUCCUCAUGUCUGCCUCCGUCGAGGCACAACUUUACGUCAAGUAUUUCAUGGACAGGAGGGCGGGCAUCACGGAGGUUCCCUGUGUAAACGUCGAGGGACACUGUUACCCGGUGACGGAGAUGUACCUGGACAAGAUCUGCAAUCUGAUUGGUUGGCGUGGAAUGACGACGGAGGACCAGGGCCUCCCUGGAACGGACCAUGAACUGGUCACCAGUCUCCUUGUCUACCUCGCCAGGACUCAGCCGGAGGGAGCCAUUCUGGUGUUUCUUCCAGGAUGGGAUGACAUCAUGUCAGUCACUGACCUUCUGAACCACAGAUUCAGAAAUGAGAGCCGGCGUUACCUGAUAUUGCCGCUUCACUCCAUGCUGUCCUCUCGCGACCAGCAGUCAGUGUUUAAUGUUCCUCCUCCGGGAGUGAGGAAGAUGAUCCUGGCCACCAACAUAGCCGAAUCGUCUGUCACCAUUGACGAUGUCGUUUACGUCGUCAACACUGGCACGGUGAAGGUCAAGACCUUUGACCUCACCAAGAAGAUUACACAUCUCUCAACCGAGUGGUCCAGUAAAGCCAGCGUCAUCCAGCGUAGAGGUCGCGCAGGUCGCUGCCAGCCAGGCCACGCCUACAACCUCUUCACCAAGGAACAGUUCGCCUCGAUGGAUGAUUACCAAGUGCCGGAGAUGCAGCGAACACCACUAGAAGAUCUCGUCCUGCAAGCCAAGUUGCUGAAUCCCUGGCACAAAGUGGCCAACUUUCUGUCUCGGGCUCUCAACCCACCCAGAGCUUCAGCGGUCGGUAGUGCUGUGGAUGUGUUGAAUGAUCUUGGAGCCCUUGACGAUGCUGAGAGUCUUACUCCAAUGGGGAAGGUGCUGGCUGAGCUCCCCAUAGAGCCAGUGAUAGGGAGACUAGUGUUGCUGGGAGCCGUCCUGGGGGCCUUAGACCCAAUUCUCACCAUCGCAGCUAGUAUGGGUCACAGAGAUCCUUUCGUCAAUCCACCCACUAAACGACAGCAGGCUGACGAGGUCCGUUCGGUGAUGGCGGGGGGUUGCUAUAGCGACCAUCUCCUGGUGAUCAAGGCCUACGAGAAGUGGCAGGAGGCAAAGAGGGAGGGAACUGAGGCCACGUUUGUGAGGGACAACUUUCUUCACCGAGGGACUCUUCACAUGAUAGAAGGUCUGCGAGGGCAGUUCAGAAGGCACCUGGAAGAUCUCGGUCUGACGGAAUUCAACCAAUACAACGUGUUCUCCAGCAGCGAGCCGAUGGUGCGAGCCGUACUGACUGCCGGGCUGGACCGGAACGUGAUGAAGAUGGCAAAGAUGUUGGAGAGUGGAGGAUAUCGUAGUUCCACCAGUCAGACUCAGAGGAAGAGGGUUCGGACUGGGUUUAAGACCAUUCAAGAUGGUCGGGUGUUCAUCCAUCCUUCUUCCGUCAACUCGGAGAAGAAUUUCCCGUCCAACUGGUUUGUCUACUACGAGAAGGUGGGCGUGGCACGUGGGAGGAGGCAGGGGGUGGAGCUCACCCUUCCUCCCCUCUGUGGUGCCAUGGCAACCACAGAAUGAUAAACAAACCCCUCGAAAAUAGUAUUUUGAGGAGACAAGAAACGAGAAAGCUGCCGUGAGAGGGGAGGAAGGCUGUUGCUAGGGGGUGUGGCAAGUGGGUGUGGUUAGUAAAAUAGGUGAUUUUAAUUUUCACGUUAACCCCUUUGUGCCGCAGGUGAAGACCAGUAAGGUGUUUAUUCGAGACUGCACCCUCAUUAGCCCUCUAACAUUACUGCUGUUUGCCGGCCGAUCUCUGGACGUCAUUAGUGAAGGUCUGCUUCUUUUUUUACUUUGUGUGUGUGUCUGCUGCGUGUGUGCAUGCGUGUGUGUGCGUGCAUUUGAAAAUACUUAGCAAACUGCAUCCUCGCACCCGUAAAAAAAAUAGAUUUAGCGUUUGAUGCUAUGUUGAUUUGUUUUGAACCAAUAGAGCAACAAAUUAAAUGUAUGUGUAGCCUUAUGUCCAUUUGAGACUGAGUGUCCUAAUAGAUGAUUAAUGGAUGACUGGUUUUUCCGCAUUGUAAUAGUAACCAUAUAGUCGGGGAUUGCUGCACAUUGGUAUGCAAGCAAAAAUACCCUUUUUUAUAAACUUAUAAUGAAGACUUUUAGUUGGACAUUGAGUCCAUGAUAUCUAUGUACAGUACAAUCCCGAGGGUCCUUGCGUUGUAGUGUUCUGGGCGCAGAGAGGAACUCCUCCAAAGUGUUCUUUAUUCAGUGGUUCAAGACGUAUAGUGUGUCUGUAACUGUCUUCAGAUGGAGGUAAGGUGGUGAUAGGCCUGGACGGUAAGAACUGGUUUUCAUUUGAGACGUCAGCCAACCUGGGAGACCUCCUGAGGUGUGGGAGAAGGGGAGUGGAGGAAGUCAUCUCUGGCGGACUCACAGGCAGGCUGGGCAGUCUCUCUCCUUCUCAAAGAGCAUUUCUUACUUCACUAAACUCUUUCCUACUCGCCAAUACCAGCCUUACCGACUCCUGAUGUAUUGCGCAACACUUUUCACAAAACGUGUUUCCAUGCAUAUCAUCAUAACAUUGAAUGCCUGAUGUGUUUUCAACUCUUACCAUGAAUAAAACAUUGAAUGGUCAUUGAACGACUGCGUAGUUCCCUCAACUCCCUGUCUCAUGCAGUAUCUAAAUGACUGCUCACUGCUUAUAUUAUAUAUACCUCCCUCAUCUAUAAUCUUCAUAUUAGACCCCUUGCCAUGACUCAUCUCAUAUCACCAGUACAAACUUACGUGUCAAUAUGACUCUUUAUACAUACCUAUAUACCUCCCUCAACUAUUGCAACACUUAAACUCAUUACUUACCCAUUGUCUGCAUUUUGUAUGUUCAUAAUUAUAAUAAUAUAGACGUGCCAGGGAAAGCUAGCUUGUGAGUGUUACUACACUGCAGUAUGUAGGUGUGUCAAUCAAAUUGAGGAAAAUUAAGAAACACAUACGAUGGCAUAGCUUUUUGUAGUGAUCACAUUACUCUA